AUGGUUAAUUGGGUAUAUCUAGGUCGCAUUUGUGAUCUAUCUGGGGAAGAGCGAGACCGCGUAGUCGGAUACCUUGCACCCGAUGAUUCUUGGGAGUGGGAAGUGACGCCUAUGGGCGAGCCUGGAUUGGCAGCUCGGCUAGAAGCCGUAAGAAGUGUAUAUUCUGAUGCGGGCUCGACCACCGAGCAUAUGGGGCAGGUUGCUUGGGAUCACACUGCAGCGAAGAAGGCUGCGCAUGUUGCAUGUGUUGGCGCCCAUGUAGAUGCGGCAAUCCGCUCAUCCUGGCUGAGGGGCAGCGAAUCGCGCAGGACGCGGCCGUGUAGACUGGGAACCUUGGGGGCUCAGUCCACGACGACCGACAAGAUACAGCUGUUACAAUGUCGACAAAUGGAAGGCCACGCAAUUGGACAAAGAUAA